AUGUCUCAACCAAACCGGCAACCUAACCCCCUUUACAUGGCAAGGCGCCGCGUAACAGCAGAGGUUGCCUACGCAGGGCCUCAGAUGCCAACUCCACCAUCGUCUUCAUUCUCUGGAAGUAUCCCGGCACAUCGACCAAGACGCAUCCGAAGAGUCGAAGGCUCUUCUGAAAGUGAAGCUCCAUCUUCGAUAGGAGAUGAUGAGAUUCAUAACGAAGAUUAUCGCGCUGGUGGCCCACACCUUGUGAGGCUGCCAGGACUCAGCGAGCCUCUCGAAAGACGUGAUCCUCUCGAUGUCACAUGGGAUGAAGUUCUCCGUGCACCAGUCCGCAGCAUCCUUGACAGAUACCGUGUCGAUAUGUCCAGCGCGGUUCCUGUUCGCCGCUGUUUUAACGUUGUAUCAGAAAGAUACGAUACCAUCUUGAUUCUUGCUAGAAAGCAUAACUUGGCAAGCGAUUCCUGGUUUAGGGCAUGCAAGGACAUUCUACAACUCUUCCGUUCAAAAGGGCUCAUGCAGUUGAACGUGGAGAUUCUCGAUAAGCGGGCCAACCCCCGAAUCGUGACCUACCCAAUCUCACCAGAUGACCCUUUUGUUAGGGCGUGGAACUCCAUACGCCCACAAGUCCUUAGCAUACUCGGAAGGAAUGACUGGACAUUAUUAUAUGUUAUUCGCCAAAGAGUGGAAGAUCAGAGAGAAGGCCCAAUCACCGUCGCUAUUACAGUGGCUGAAGAGUCCAUCAAUGAUUGGACUAGAAUCAGAGAUGAGAUUGUGCAGCUCUUAGAUAGCAACGGGUACUAUGGCGUUGCCGUUAACAUACGUCGCGGAGAUAUCUGGAAUAUGGCACAAUACUCGCAUGCGUUCUUGGAAGACCGCGAUUGGGACACCAGAGCCAAGCUUGGCGGAAGCCUGGGUCCUCAAGGGUCUAGAGAGUCAGCUUCAACAUUUGGAGGGUUUGUUGACCUCCAGAGCUCUGUAUCGGGGCAAUGGACGAGAUAUGGUUUAACAAAUUUCCACUGUGUCGUCGCUGACGCUAAAUCCGACAAGUCUUACAAUGAAUGGGUCAAAAAUGGCAUUAGGCCAGAAGGUUGCAAGGACCUAAAGCUAGAUUCUCCUGCCCUCAAGGACCAUGAAUCGGCCCUAGCACAUUAUCAAAAUGAACUAGAUACAGGACGCAAAGACCUGCCUCCAAAUGAUGUAGUCCAACGCAUCCUUGAUGGUGACCCGUCAAUUCCAAAUUCACACAAGGUGCGGUACAGACUGCAAAAAUCUAUAGUUCGCGAUAUUGAAGCCACCAUUCAAAGGGCUACCCCUUUUGGACCAGACCAGCGGUACCUUGGCUUUGUUUACGCUGCGUCUGGGUUUACAGUUAACCCACGGAAGCAGCUUCUUGACUGGGCUUUAAUCGACGUCGAUAGGCGCCGUAUCACAGCUAACGAGAUCCCUGCAAAUGAUGCUGUGAACCCGAAAUACAGGGCGAAAUAUGUUCCAUCAGCACCAGUCAUGAGUGGCACGGCCUCAGUAGAUGAGCAUGACUUAGUAUUCAAAAUCGGCCGGACAACUGGGUUCACUGGAGGCAGGGUCAACGGGAUCAAGCUCUCUGAUUUGCAAGGAUGGACCACGAAUGCCCAGGGAGAGCGAGAAUAUGUCCAAGGAACUGCAGUGGUCGUGGGUUCCUUGAACCAUAACAUCCCAUUUGGCGAGCCGGGAGACUCGGGAAGCUUUGUGAUGAAUAAUGACGGGCAAUUCGUGGGGCUCUACAUUGGAGGCGAUGUAGAUAACCAAACUGGUCUCUUCAUCGAAGCGCAAUGUCUCUUUGAGGAUAUCAAGAGGGUCACUAACUGCCGCAACGUCAGGAUCUGA